CCGCUCCCGGCGCUCGCGCACAUCGCACAGUCCUCAUCUAGAGCGCAGUCAGUAUCCGCCGCACUCUACUCACAACUUCAGCGUCCUGUAGGCUAACACAAGCGUCUCUCCUUUCCACGGCUUUGCUUUGACAAACUGCUCGGACAUCAGCCUUGAGACCAGCCAGUGUUUGAGGACGGGAUCUCCGGCUUCUGAAGGAUGCGUUCAGUUUUCUUCUUCGGUGCCUUCUUCGCGGUUGCGAUGUUUCCUCGAGCAAGCAGCAUAGAGAAGGUCAUCGCCCUGUACGGCGACACCAUCAAGGUGCCUUGCAACAACGGCAACAACAAGCCAUCCGAUCUGAUGUUCACCAAGUGGAAACAUUCCAGUGAGAAUGGCACUUCAGGAGAUAUCUUAGUGAAGCAGGAACAGAAGGACGAAGCAAAGAUCACAGCCACCGACAGCUAUAAGGACCGUGCAAGCAUCGGGCCUGACUCCAGCCUGCUAAUCAGCCAUGCAGUCCUUGAUGACCAGAGAGUCUUCACCUGCAUGGUGGUCUCCAUGUCUAACCUCAAAGAAUACCCUGUUGACGUUGAAGUGCACAAGAGACCAUCAGCACCUGAAUUCAGGAACAAAGCGAGUCGACUGGACGAUGGCAAACUGAGACCGCUGGGAGAGUGUGUAGCUGCCAGUGCAAACCCCCCAGCAGAAAUCAUCUGGGUGAAGAAUAACAAGACACUACAGGCAGACAACAAGCUCAUCAUUAUCAGUGCCUCUGUAACAAAGGACCCAGUCACCGGUUUGUCAACCACAACCUCUCAGUUGCAGUACACAGCAGGGAAGCAGGAUGCAACCUCAAAGUUUGCUUGUGUUGUGAAACAUGUGACCGGGCCUGACCAGAUGUCUGCACCUGAAACCUUCAGCAUCCACUACCCCACUGAGAAGGUGACCCUGCAGGUUCUGUCUCAGGGCUCCAUUAAGGAGGGUGAUAACGUGACGCUGAAAUGCCAGGCAGACGGAAACCCUCCUCCUACCAGCUUCAACUUCUACAUUAAGGGUAAAAAGGUCCCGGUAACCAACUCAGACGUCUACACUCUGUCCGGUGUGAACCGAGCUGACUCUGGAGAAUACAAGUGCUCUCUGAUCGACAACGACAACAUGCAGGCUUCAACAAACAUCACUGUCACCUAUCUGGACCUGAAUGUCAUUCCCUCAGGAAGCAUCCUGAAAAAGGUUGGGGAGUCCUUGGAGGUGAAGAUAGAGAAGAGUUCCUCGAGUGAAGCCACAGUGACCUGGACUAAGGACGGUGGCAAGCUGGACAAACUCCCCGACUUCAGCUCUCUAGCAUAUAAUCACACAGGUUUCUAUGUGUGUGAGGCAUCUGUAGCUGGAAUCAAACGCAGAGCCACCUUCAAACUGGUUGUGGAAGGCAUCCCUGUGAUUAAGAUUCUGAGAAAAGAAAAGAGCACAGAUGGCAAAGCAAAGGUGCUGAUCUGUCAUGGUGAGGGAUCGCCUGAACCUGAAGUGUCCUGGAGUGUCAAUGGAACCCAUAACCAGAGCGAAUACAGCAAUGGAGUAUUCACUUACAAACUAACCGUGGUGCCCAGUGCGAACCUGACUGUCACCUGCAGAGUCUCUAACAGUCUAGGUACAGUCAGCAGGGACAUCGAAGUGCUAUCAUUAUUUCAAGAGAACAAAGAAUCCAGAAAAGAUGAUGAGGAUGACAAGGCCAAGGUGAUUGUAGGCGUGGUAGUGGGUCUCAUCGUGGCAGCCGCACUAGUGGGCAUUAUCUACUGGCUGUACAUGAGGAGCAGACAAGGCAGCUGGAAGACUAAUGAGAAGGAGACGGGCACCUCGGAGGAGAGCAAGAAGCUGGAGGAGAACAAUCAUAGACAAGAGCCUUAGAGAGACACACAGGACCGAGACACAGAGACGGCAGAAGAGAGGCCUUGUCACACUGAAUGUGCUGUACAACACAACAACAUAUCCAUCAUCUGAUCUGAGACUCCUGACAGGCUGUCAGGCUGCAUACGUGCACAUCGCAGAAUCGCCUGGAAUAUUUCUAGAGCGCCGCCUAACCCAGACAAACAGUUCCUCCAAGCAAAACCCCAGCACCAUGCAAGAAUUAAAAACACGUGUUGUAAAAAUUUAGUCUGCACUGAAAACUGUGUCUUUUUAGUUCUGUUUUAUUUAAUUUCCUUGUGUUCUUUGUGAAUGCUCUUUUUUUUUUCAUGCGCAUUGCUGGUGUGAUGGGUUCAGCUAUCCCUCUUUUCCCCCCUCUUUUUAGUAGAAAAUUACUGUACACUUUUCAGGCCUUUGUAAAUAUGUCACUGGUGAGCACAUUCUCUUUGGUCAAUGCUGAGAUUGCUAUAUAAUUCAGGUUUAAGUAAUGCAGGAUUAAGGAAUCCUGCUGGAUUAUUGAGAGAUGAAGACUUCACUGCUGUUACACUCUCGUUCUCUGUUUCAAUUUAUUGUGCUGUUUUCCUCCUUGAUCAGUACCAGUUUAGGUUGUUGUUACCUGAUAUCUUGAUUCCCAUUGAUACCGAAGCGAAGUUGAUUUCCUCUGAAUGGUUUAGGACACAUUGUAUAUUGGUAGUAAUAGGAAUAUUAGUAGUAGAGUUCUGACUCUGUGGGUUUCAGUUAUAAAUUUGAUAAGUAUUGUUAAAAACAGGGCGCGUCCUAAUGGACCCUUCAUUGGCCUUACAGUAUGUUAUUGAAAAUCCUAUAGAAGGCCAUCCCAAGCCCAGACUACUGGCUAAAAUACACUAAACAGGGUGAUUAUGAGAGAUAGACACUAAGUCCAAAGUCGUAACUCAUAUUUUGGUGUCUAUCCAGCUAAAGCAGCAGAGUAGCAUAAAAUCCAGCCAGAAUUUGUAUGACACUCAUACCAUAUUUUGCAGCCUUGCACACAGCCUUAAUGUCUAUUUUAUUUGACUAUUUAUUUCCGGAAAUAAAGAAAUGAAGUUUAGUUUCUUUGUGCCAGAGAGAAGGGUCUUCUGCAUUGAUUACUUUCAGCUUAUGUAGGUUGUCUACAGUGCCUUGCAAAAGUAUCCCCCCUUGGUGGGUUUCCUAUUUCCUGUUUUGCUCCAGCUCCUUCAGGUUAGAUGGCUUGUGUUGGGUUACAGCAAUCUUCAAGUCAUGCCACAGAUUGUCAAUUGGAUUGAGGUCUAGGCUUUGACUAGACCAUUCCAAGACAUUUAAAUGUUUCCCUUUAAACCACUCCAGUGUAGCUUUAGCAGUAUGUUUAGGGUGCCCCUCUGUCCCAGUCUCAAAUCUCUGGCUGACUGAAACAGGUUUUCCUCAAGAAUUACCCCAUCCAUCUUUCCUUCAAUCCUGACCAGUUUUUCAGUCUCUGCUGAUGAAAAGCUUCCGCACAGCAUGAUGCUACCACCGCCAUGCUUCACUGUGGGAAUCCUGUUUGUUGGAUUUGCAUUACCUUGCAUAGUAGUGUUGGAGGUGUAUUUAUACUGACAUCGAGUGACAGAUCAUGUGGCCCUUUGAACAGACACAGGUGCACCUUAAACAACUAAUUAUGUAACUUCUGAAGUUAAUUGGUUGGACCAGAUCUUAUUUAGGGUUUUCAUAGCAAAGCGAGUGAAUACAUAUGCUUUUCAAAACUUUUUUUCAUUCCACUUCAACAAUUUGGACUAUUUUGUUAGGUCCGUUACAUUAAAUCCAAAUAAAAAUCCAUUUUAAUUCCAACUUGUAAAGCAACAAAACAGGAAAAACACCAAGGGGGUUGAAUACUUUCGCAAGGCACUAUAUAAGGUAUAGUGCGCUUUUAUUCAUGUCAGCACUUGAGUGCUCUGUAUGCUGUUUUUAUUUUAUUCUUUAGUUAUUUUAUUCUUUUGGUUUUAUUUUAGUCUAUAAUAUGACUGAUUUAGAGUCCCACACUGUAGUUUUUAGCCUGUGAUAGUCUGAGGCUUUGUUCCGUUAACUGUGGUCUGAAGAGGUUGUAAAUAUGUCCAGUCUUUGUGUCUUAGAUCAUGUUUGGCUAUUUAUGUUGUGUAUGAGGUUAGCUGCACUUAUGCCUGGGCAUUAGUUAGCUACAAAUCCCCGCCUCCUCAUCCACUUACACUUAUUUAUGUUCAGAAUAUACCACUGCAGAAUGUGAGAUGUUUAGAUACAUGUUAAGAUUUAGUUUAGUUUUGUCUCACUGGAUGUAUUUAGGAAAUUUUCUCAUGCAUAUGUUUAUUUCAAAUCAUCAGGGCAGCAGUGAAACCAAAGAGGGUAAAUGAGAAGAAGGCCAUAAAAGUGUUUGUAAAUACCAACUUUUGGUUUUGUACUUUUGUUGAAAAUAAAGUGUACAUUUUGAA